AUAGAAAAGUACUAAGAUAUACAAAGGGAACCCCCCAAAACGAAAAUCUCGAGUCAUCGCUAAUACACAUUGCACAUGGCGCGUGUUUGUGCUCUGUCACCAAGCCAGUCUUUCCUAUGUGUCAAAACCAAACACUCCUUAUCACCUCUUUCCUAUUCUUCCGUGAGCUGUUCGAGAGACAGGGUUAGGCGGCAGUUUGGUUCAAUUAGAGCGGAGACCAUGGCCACUGAGAAACUGGGAAUUAAGAUCGAGAAGAACCCACCCGAAUCCAAGCUCACCCAACUCGGUAUCAGAAAAUGGCCCAAGUGGGGUUGCCCUCCAAGCAAAUUCCCAUGGACAUACGAUACUAAAGAGACUUGCUAUUUGCUUGAAGGAAAAGUAAAGGUUACUCCUGAUGGGGCUUCUGAGUCGGUGGAGAUAGGUGCUGGUGACUUGGUCGAGUUCCCAAAAGGAAUGAGCUGCACUUGGGAUGUCUCAGUAGGUGUGGAUAAGCAUUAUAAUAUGGGCUAGUGACUUCCUGAAGCCUUUUGCCUAAUGUUCCAGUAUAUGCACACAUGAAGUAAAUUGGGUUUGUCUUCAUAAUCACGCCAUUGACUGUGAACCGAUAUGGCAUUAAUCCGUGUAAAGUAUGAUGAACAUGUGAUUCUGAGAUUUUACAACUAGUUUCUAGUUUCUGAACUAA